AAAAAAGUUAGCUGCACAUUGGAUUAUUAUUAUUAGGAAAAUGGCACAAUCCUCGAUCGUCGCAACUCUUAGCCGGCAAGUGUUUAAAAGGAACAUUACCUCUAUACUCUUCGCUCACUCUUCUUCAUCAGUCAGAUCUUCUUCUUCUCUUUUCUUCAACCGUAAAAUCCAUCUCUCUGCUUCUCUCUCUUCUCAAACCACCGCCAUGGGUGAUACUCCCGUCGCCGUUGAUGCUGGUAUGGACGCCGUCCAGCGCCGUCUCAUGUUCGAUGACGAAUGCAUUUUAGUGGAUGAGAAUGACCGUGCGGUUGGUCACGAGUCCAAAUACAAUUGCCACUUGUGGGAAAAGAUUGAAUCUGAAAAUUGGCUGCACAGAGCUUUCAGUGUAUUCCUGUUCAACUCAAAGUAUGAGUUGCUUCUUCAGCAACGAUCUGCAACAAAGGUAACAUUCCCUCUUGUGUGGACAAACACCUGCUGCAGCCAUCCACUGUACCGAGAAUCUGAGCUUAUUGAAGAGAAUGCCCUUGGAGUAAGAAAUGCAGCUCAGAGGAAGCUUUUGGAUGAGCUCGGUAUUCCUGCUCAAGAUGUACCAGUUGACCAGUUCACCCCAUUAGGUCGCAUACUGUAUAAGGCACCUUCUGAUGGCAAAUGGGGAGAGCAUGAAUUGGAUUAUUUGCUGUUUAUUGUCCGGGAUGUUAAUGUUAAUCCAAAUCCUGAUGAAGUGGCUGAUAUCAAAUAUGUAAACCGUGAUCAGUUGAAGGAGCUGUUAAGGAAAGCCGACGCAGGCGAGGAGGGUUUGAAGCUGUCCCCUUGGUUCAGACUAGUUGUGGACAAUUUCUUAUUUAAAUGGUGGGAUCAUCUUGAGCAAGGGACCCUUGGGGAGGUCAUUGACAUGAAGACAAUUCACAAGUUGACAUAAAAGCAGAGAUCUUGCAGCAUGCUAUUAAGGAUUGAUAUUUUCUGAGCAAAUGAAAUAAAAUUGAUCCUUUCUGUUGUUUGAUAAUAUAGCCAGAACAUGCGCCUGGGUGUAUCUUAUAAUUAGCAGAAAGUUUUGUUGUUAAGUUUAGGAUUUUGAGAUGUGUGCAAAUGUUUAAUAAUGAACUAUUUAAAUUGUUCUCUUGA